AAAGUCUUCUACGUUGAACUGUCCAUCCGCUCAUCGCCACCUCCCACUGCAACUCCCUUCACGCACCAACAACAGUCAUGGCUGCAGCGACAGACAGAGCGCGCUUCUUCCUCGAGCAAUACGUCCCCGAGCUACGCGAGUACGAAGCGAAAGGAAUAUUCGACCGCGAUCAAAUCACAGCAAUCACCAAAAAGCGAUCUGAUUUUGAACAUACUCUGAAUGCUCGAGGCAGCACACCCGCGGACUAUGCCCGAUAUGCUCAACACGAGAUCAACCUAUCGGCCCUUUUAAAGAAACGGUGUAAACGCCUCGGAAUACAGAAGACAGCAACCACAGCUUUCAACGGACAACGCACCGUCUUCUUCAUUUUAGACAGAGGCGUCAAGAAGUUUCCUGGAGAUCUGGCGCUAUGGAUGCAGUAUGUCGAUUUCUGCAAAAAAGAAAAAGCCAACAAGAAGUUGGCCAAAGUCUUCACUCGAAUGUUGAGGCUACAUACACGGAACUGGAAGCUCUGGGUACAGGCUGCGAAGCAUUACGCAGAGGUACAGGGGGACAUGGGCACUGCGAGGUCUUACUUUCAGAGAGGCUUGAGAUUCUGCAAGGAGGAGAAGAAGAUUUGGAUCGAGUACAUCAAGUUGGAGCUAGGUUAUCUGGCCAAGCUGGCAGCGAGGAGAAAGAUUCUGGGGCUGGACGACGGGGAUAGGCAGAUCACUGGCGCCGAUGAGGAUGCCGGAUUAGGCGGAGAUGGCGAUGAGGUCAAAUUGCCCACUGUGUCGGCAGCAGAUAUGGAUGAUGACGCUGGCAAGGGCGUAGAGGAAGUGAACGAGGAUCUGUUGAGGAGAUUGAAGGAUGCGCCUGCCUUCAACGGUGGGAUUCCGAUUGCCAUCUUUGACUCGGCGAUGAAGCAGUUCGACACGAAAGCGCCAGAGCUGGCAGAAGAAUGCUUCGAUCUGGUUGCCACUUAUGAGCAAGCCCCGUCUAUCAGAGCGGUACGCGAGCACAUUCUAGAAUGGCUGCGCACGAGUGCAUCGACUUCCACGCAGUGUCUCAUCUGCGCAGCAAAGAACGAAUUACUGGGUCUCGACUCCCGUAACGCUCAGUUCCCAGCGGCUCUCGGCAGAGCUUUGGCGCUGAUCAAAGCUGGCAAAGGAACACUGGUGGACAGUGGUCGACCGAAUCUCGCGGAGAAGACAGUCCUACUUCUGUUACCAUACUUGCAGCAUACAGGCCAAAUGGAUCGCGGAGUGGCGAAGGUGUUGGAAUCCACUAUCAAACGGAAUCUAAAACUCUCUGCAGAUGCGCCGGACAAUGGAAGACAGCAUCCUACUGCAGUCAUUGUAGCCAAAUUGCAAUAUGAAGGGGCUCUUCAGGAUAUGCAAACACUCGAGCGCCUUUGUUCGGAGAUUCGAGACGACUAUGUGGGCGCACCGAGAUUGGAAUGAGAACGAAGGGACGAGGCUGCUACCUUUGCUGUGAGAUGUUGAAGAUACCCAAAGAAUGAAUUCGAUAUUACUAAACAGUUUCUGUUUCACUCGCGUCCAGCCAAGCGUACUGGAGACAGCUCAGUCUUUGUCUGGGGACAGCCCUGGCAAUCAUCGCACUUCUGCUUGCUCUAGAACAAGUACCGAUCGCAGCUCAUGAUCUUGUUACCACGUUGUCGGAGUACAAACUUCUUGUUACCAUUA